GAAGCUUUCCAAAACCAACGGACGCUCUCCCCCCUCACAGCUUCUCAGAACAUUUCUCGAGUACAUCUGACGCUGUACCGAGCUCAUUACAUCACUGCACCAGUAUUACGACGUCUCCAUCUCGUCCCCUCGCAUCCACAUCCCCACCCAAAAUGGGCGCAGACAUUCCCUCGGAGCAGUGGGCUCAGGUCAUUGAGAAGACCGGUGGUCCCGUGGUCUACAAGAAAAUCCCCGUCCAGAAGCCCGGUCCCGAUGAAGUGCUCAUCAACAUCAAGUACUCGGGCGUCUGCCACACGGACCUGCACGCCAUGAUGGGCGACUGGCCCCUCGAUACGAAGCUGCCGCUGGUCGGUGGCCACGAGGGCGCCGGCAUCGUCGUCGCGCGCGGCGAGCUCGUCAGCGAGGUCGAGAUUGGCGACCACGCCGGCGUCAAGUGGCUCAACGGAUCCUGCCUCGCGUGCCCGCACUGCCUCAACGCCGACGAGCCGCUGUGCCCCAAGGCGCUGCUCUCGGGCUACACGGUCGACGGCUCGUUCCAGCAGUACGCCAUCGCCAAGGCGGCGCACGUGGCGCGCAUCCCCAAGGAGUGCGACCUCGAGGCCGUCGCGCCCGUGCUCUGCGCAGGCAUCACCGUCUACAAGGGCCUCAAGGAGUCGGGCGCGCGCCCGGGCCAGUCGGUCGCCAUUGUCGGCGCCGGCGGCGGCCUCGGCUCGCUGGCGCUGCAGUACGCCAAGGCCAUGGGCCUCAAGUCGAUCGCCAUUGACGGCGGCGCCGAGAAGGGCAAAAUGUGUGCCGAGCUCGGCGCCGAGACGUACGUCGACUUCACGUCGAGCAAGAACCUCGUCGACGAGGUCAAGGCCGCGACCCCUGACGGCCUCGGCCCCCACGCCGUCCUGCUCGUCGCCGUCUCCGAGAAGCCCUUCCAGCAGGCGAGCGAGUACGUCCGCAGCCGCGGCACCGUCGUCUGCAUCGGUCUGCCGGCCAACGCCUACCUCAAGGCGCCCGUCUUCGACACAGUCAUUCGCAUGAUCACCAUUCGCGGCAGCUAUGUCGGCAACCGCGCCGACACGGCCGAGGCGCUCGACUUCUUCCGCCGCGGGCUCAUCAAGGCGCCGUUCAAGACGGUGGGCAUGAGCAAGCUGCAGGAAGUGUUCCACCUGAUGCAGGAGGGCAAGAUUGCGGGUCGCUACGUCAUUGACACGAGCAAAUAGUUUUUUUCUCUAGGGAACGCGAUGUAACAUGGGUGAAUGGACGGCGUGGAGUUGAGGCGAGCGAGGCGAGCGAGUCGACUGGUUUGUGGCCGAGUCGGUCCCUGACGUUGUCAUGAACAAAAUUGAACUUAUACUUUGUUACGAA